AAAAUUAUUUUCCCAUCCACUUCCUUCUUUCUUAUUGAAAAUAAAUAGAUCUUACGGUGUGAGCUCCUCAGCGGGAUCUGUUUUCGAAUACUGACAGGACAAACACUAACAGGAAACAAACGGACUGUGUUGUCGGCGUCAGUUUGUUGCUGAGGUUGUUUUGUUGUGUUGUCAGGGAAAUCAUCCUCACUUCGUUAGGUUUUUAAAGAGUGAGCUGAAACUCGUGUUUGAAUGAUGGAAAUUUAAGAUCAUUGUGGAAGGUUUUGGGUGAUGGCCGGUUCAAAACCUGCAAGUGGUGAGGGAGAAACAAUGGUUGUGGAUGCUGCACCAAGGAGGCCCCGGAUUCUGCUUGCUGCUAGUGGGAGUGUUGCUGCUGUAAAAUUUGCAAAUCUUUGUCAUUGUUUCUCUGAAUGGGCUGAUGUAAGAGCAGUUGCCACAAGUGCAUCUUUGCAUUUCAUUGAUAGAGCUUCAAUGCCAAAGGAUGUAACUUUAUACACUGAUGACAAUGAAUGGUCUAGUUGGAUGAAACUUGGUGAUAAUGUGCUUCACAUUGAGCUUCGCAAAUGGGCUGAUAUCAUGGUCAUUGCUCCAUUAUCAGCAAACACCCUUGGCAAGAUUGCUGGAGGGUUGUGUGACAAUCUACUGACAUGCAUUGUGCGAGCUUGGGACUACAGCAAGCCGUUUUUUGUUGCACCAGCCAUGAACACUCUUAUGUGGAACAAUCCUUUCACCGAGCGGCAUCUCAUCGCCAUUGAUGAGCUUGGGAUUUCUCUCAUUCCACCUGUUACAAAGAGGUUAGCUUGUGGAGAUUAUGGCAAUGGUGCCAUGGCUGAACCCUCUACCAUUUACUCAACUGUAAGGCUCUUCUAUGAGUCAAAGGCUCAGCAAGGUAAUGGUGAUAUCUGACAACGUUCACAAUUGAAAACAAGUAUCAAUGGCUUCCUAGGACAUGUCUUGGCCCCUUUCUUUUAUUGCAUUUCUAUUUCUCUUACAUCUAGUCUGAUCAUAGGUGGUGUGUAUUAUUUGGGACAAAACUUAGAUGUUUUCAUCUUUCGGUGCUUUUUAAUGUUGUUCUCCGAUUAGAAACAGAGUUUUAUCUCAGUAAUUUGGAAAGCAAAAAAGUUUACAUCAAGUGAACAUUGUUUAUUGAGAUAAAUGUCUAAUUCUGAUUAGAGAACAACAUCAAAUGCACAUGAAAAACUGUAUCAAAGUUUUGUCGUAUUUUUUAUUGCAGAGGGAUUGUGCUGCAGAUUCCUUUAUGUAUCAAUAUUGGUCCAUGUUCAUCUCCUUAAUCAGAGGACCAUCUGAACUUUCUUAUGCAGAGAAAAAAAAAAUCAGAACAUUUUAUGCAGAUUGCACAUAAUGCCAACCUUUUAAUAA